UGCCUGAGCGCUGCGCGCGCCUGCGCAGUGGGGAGGGUCGUGCGCGCGUGCUGGGGCGCUGCGGGAUAGCCCUCAGAGCGUGGUCGCGGCUGCUCGACCCCGGACUGCCGCACCAUGGCGGAGGAGGAACUGGAGGCGCUGAGGAAGCAGAGGUUGGCCGAAUUGCAGGCGAAGCAUGGGGAUCCUGGCGAUGCAGCACAACAGGAAGCAAAGCACAGGGAAGCAGAAAUGAGAAACAGUAUCUUAGCCCAAGUCCUGGAUCAGUCAGCCCGGGCCCGUUUAAGUAACUUAGCACUUGUAAAGCCCGAAAAAACUAAAGCAGUAGAGAAUUACCUCAUACAGAUGGCAAGAUACGGACAACUAAGUGGGAAGGUAUCAGAACAAGGUUUAAUAGAAAUCCUUGAAAAAGUAAGCCAACAAACAGAAAAGAAAACCACAGUUAAACAGAUCCCAAGUGAAGGAAUUCUUUCAGCCUGUGGUUUGCUCAUUUGUCCACAUCACAGAAGUUAGCACCUUUCGUCAGGAGGAGGUCACGAUCUGGUCAUGAAACUUCGCAUGGUAGUCAGGGAGCUCCCGCUGCUUCAGAAGAAACCUGCGCCUGCUCUUACGGAUCUGGACACAGUCGGAAUCGGUGUGCGCUCCUUUUCCAGCAUACGCGCUAGCUUGGGGGAGGAAAGAGGAUCGUUUUCUCGGUCGCAUUCCUUCCCUCAGCCACAGAACAGCUAGCUAGCUUUCUGCUUUUCUUGCAAAUCCAACAGAAAGUACAUUUCAGUUCUCAGCUGUGUUCCUGCUUGGCGCCUCCUUGCCGAGGACUCUCUUGGCAGCAACAUAGUAACCGCUUAUCACUGCUAAGACUGGGACGUGACCUUAGAAGUGGCUGGGUUGCCAGCAGUCCCUGGGCUCUUGGGUACGACUGCGUCCUCGACUGUGUGUCUGCGCAGCAUCCGCCUGUUUGAAGGAACACUUUGUCUCGGUCCAGGCCCCUCAGGCUGAUUGCCGUGCCCUCUGUCAGCACUCUCAGAUCUGCUGUGGUCUGGCAGGUUGUCCAGUCUCCCUGUGACUCUUUGCCUCCCUGGCUGAAGAAACGGUACAAUUCAAGCAGUUCAUUUGCACUGUACUUUAAACAAGAACCACACAAGAACAGCGCUCUUGGGUGCUGCUUGUCACCCAACGUGCUUAGUACUUUCUGGGCAUCAUUUCGGCUCUGACAUCCCCGUGGGGACAGGAUGACGUGUGUGUACUCCGUGUGUCAGACACAACAUCAGCGCUUUACCUGUUUGCACAAUGACUCUAUAACUAACAGGGGUGUACUAAUUGCUGUCCCCAUUUACAGCUGAGGAUGCAGGAUCAGCAAAUGGAAGCAAGCUGCAUGAAGUCCCACAGCUCACAAGGGAAAAGCGCUUGACGGAACCCAAGCAGAUUUCAGAGUUUGCGGGUUUCCCAUGCAGCAGCACAUCUGUUAGCAAAGUCACGAAAGGUUACAGAAGAGAUCGAAAUGAGUCAGGUUAACAAACAUCGCUUUCGUUCUCUAUAACAAAGAUUCAGAACUUCUGUAUCUUUGCUGUAAAGUCUGCUUCUCAUCAAGUCAUAGAUUGCAAGAAACAAGAGAAAAGUCACGUUUCUGAGAAGAGUCACCUAAUGUUAUAACAGAACGUCAAGCAAGCAUCUCUGUAACUGAGUGAGUGGUGCCGUAGGAAGAGGGCCACAUGCGGAGUUGUCCAUAUGAGCAGCUCUAGACCACAUCUGGAGAAGUCUGUCACCCUUCUAUAUGUAAACAUGGUUUCCUCCUGACAUCCAUGUCACUCGCAGAAGCUGAUGACCAUUUCACCAAGUACACGCACCACAAGCCUCUCUCCACGCGUACUUCCCAUUUCCCAUUUUCCCCUCACCUUUCUCAAAUAAACGAAGUCUGUACUCGGCUAUCCCACUAACAAA